AUGAAGGCUAUUUUCUUUGCUUUCUCGUUGCUUUUUGUGUUCUCCUUAAUUGGUGCAACUGAGGUUGAUAUCGACAACAGUUCGGUCGAUAAUCAGAAUUUGAACUUCCCUACUACGGAAGCUCCUACUGCUGAGGUUCCUACUACGGAAGCUCCUACUGCCGAAGUUCCUACAACUCUUGCCCCUACCACUUUGACUCCCACUACUGAAGUUCCUACUGAAGUUCCUACCACUUUUGCCCCUACUACUUUGGCUCCCACUACUGAAGUUCCUAUUACUGAGGAACCUACCGCUGAAGUCCCUACCACUUUGGCUCCUACUGUAGUUCCUACCACUUUGGCUCCUACUGAAGUCCCCACCACGGCUGCUCCGGCUCCCGAGCCUACGAACUAUACUGUUUGGAUUAUUGUGGGAAUUGUUGUUAUUCUGAUUGGCUUCUUCAUCAUUGGUAUGAUUGUGAGAAAUAAGAACAAGAAGGAUAGAGAGAAUCAGGGUGACGAGGGCAAACCUCUGAUUUAA